GUGUUUGUUAACAUAAGUUAAUGCACUAUGAUGGAACAAUGAACAAUUGUAUUUUAUUAACUAACAUUAACAAAGAUUAAUAAAUGCUGUUAACAGUAUGAUAUAUUGUUAAUUGUUUGUUCAUGAUACCUAACGCAUUGACUAACGUUAACUAAUGGAACCUUACUGUAAAGUGUUACCAAUAAAAGAAUCUCGUUAUUAUGAAUGUGCGCAUACAUUAUUACGUAACAAGUAAGUGAAUUUGAACUGAAGUCAGUAUUAACACGAUACAGUUGAUGACACGCCCACCAUCUCACGUAAUCUCACGAGAGUUUCAAAACGCUAAACUGGCAGAGUUUCGUCAAAAGUUUGAAUAAAGAUGGCAGAAAUUUUGCACAUGAUUGACAGCGAGGUCUUCCUGGCCUUCUCCACUUAUGCAACCAUAGUCAUCCUCAAAAUGAUGCUCAUGAGCCCCAUAACCUCAUACUAUCGAUUGACAAAAAAGGUUUUUUCCAACUUGGAGGACACCAGCUUGGUCAAGACUUGUGAAGACAGAAAGAAGUUGGUCAGGGUCGAUCCAGAUGUGGAAAGAGUGCGAAGAUGCCACCAGAAUGACCUGGAGAACAUCAUUCCCUUCGUGGUAAUUGGUCUUCUGUAUGCACUCACGGGGCCGGAUCUCUCCUCGGCUCUUUUGCACUUCCGGGUGUUUGUGGGUUCACGUAUCAUCCACACUGUGGCCUACGUGAUGGCUCUGCCGCAGCCUAGCAGAGCUCUGGCCUGGAUGGUGGGGCUGUUCACAACUCUCUCUAUGGCUUACAGAGUGCUCACCACUGCUCUCUUUCUCUAAAGGAUAGCACUCACCUUGUUUGAAAACCUUUUGUUAUCGUUACAUGCUUUUUGCAGCCUUGUGUGAAAGAAUACUCAAUUUUAGUCAUUUUUUACUUUUUUUAUUGAACUACAUUUUUAGUGUGUAUUCUGUUGUCUUUCUGUGCCUCACUCCCAGCAAUGCUCUUUAUAACAGAUAGCAAAACUGAAAUACCACUUUAUACUGCUGGAUAAUCUUUAACAGCUCCUGGCAUGCAUAGUGGGAUGAGUCUAAUUUGAUCAGUACUGUACAUUGAACAAACAAUGUUUUUUUUUUUUUACUUAUUAAUCACAGACUUUGAUCAACAGCUUCAGAUUGUUUUAGAUUAGUAAUCAUUAAUAAUUCGGCCCAUGUAAGUAAUUCAAAACGACUAAAAUCUGUGCACAUUUUUAGCAGUUCUGUUCCAGUUGUGAAGACAGGCAUAUGAACAUUAAAGCUAGAAAAUAGCGUUCUGAUAUUAAGAAGCGUGUUAAUUUAUAGAAACUUGUAAUACGAAUGCAAAGUAACAUCAUAGAUUCUUGAAGGUUAAUGUGAAAAGCUUUAAACAAUCUUUUCCAUAUAGGAUUUUUUUUUUUUUUUUUUUUUAAGUUUAUUGAUGGAUUGACUUACGUUUGAAAAUAAAAGGAAAUUAUUUCUGA